ACAGAUAAACACACCCACACUCAAUAUACACACACACUUACGAGAUACAGAUAUAGAUACACAAAUAUAACCAAAUCACACUUUUCGGAACUUAUUUUCGCACAAUUUUUUGCGUCUUAUCUAUCCACACACACACACACACAGAAAGAAGUCAAAAUCCAGCCAUGAAUCGCCGUGAAGAUCCGAAUCCUUUUGAAGAAGAUGUCAAUCCUUUUUCGAACGGCAAUGCCGCUCCUGAAUCAAAAUCCCGCAUUCCUCAGAUGGUUGCUAGUACUUUUGGUUUUGGUCAAAAGCAUGAUGCAACUGUUGAUAUACCAUUGGAUUCAAUGAAUGAUCCAAAGAAAAAAGCAACAGAACUUUCAAAUUGGGAAUCUGACUUGAAGAGACGGGAAAAGGACAUUAAACGAAGAGAAGAGGCUGUUGCUGGUGCUGCCAUUCCCACGGAUGAUAGGAACUGGCCUCCAUUUUUUCCAAUAAUCCAUCAUGAUAUAGCCAAUGAGAUACCAGUUCAUGCUCAAAAGUUGCAGUAUUUGGCUUUUGCAAGUUGGUUAGGCAUAGUUCUCUGCCUGACAUUUAACGUCAUAGCGGUGAUCGUCUGUUGGAUCAAAGGCGGUGGUGUGAAGAUCUUUUUCCUUGCAACAAUCUAUGCACUCCUUGGAGUACCCCUUUCCUAUGUAUUAUGGUACCGACCACUCUAUCGUGCAAUGAGGACUGACAGUGCUUUGAAAUUUGGUUGGUUUUUCUUGUUCUACUUGCUCCAUCUUGGCUUUUGUAUAUUUGCUGCUAUCGCUCCUCCAAUAGUCUUUCAUGGGAAGUCAUUGACGGGUAUUCUAGCUGCAAUUGAUGUCUUUUCUGACCAUGCACUAGCGGGGAUCUUCUAUAUGGUUGGAUUUGGAUUAUUCUGUUUAGAAUCACUUCUAAGCUUCUGGGUACUCCAGAAAGUUUACAUGUAUUUCCGUGGAAACAAGUGAUGCUAGUCUAUGAUGCUGCCUCCUGUGAGUUGGUUUUAUACCUAUAUGUGAAGUACCAGUAGUUGAGUUAAAAUGCCGUAUCUCCACUAGUGGCGGCUUGGCUUGUUACGUGGAGGGUUUUGCUCAUUUGUCAUGUUAGAAAGUAUAUGUGUAAUUGAUUAUAGGAACAUGAAAUGUUACAGCUUUACUCUAGAUUGCAUUUUGAUUCUAUAGGGUUUUAUUUUUCACAUGCACGUUGUGUUAUUUCAUUCGUUUAAGUAUACCUAAAUUUGCCUGAUGAGUGAAACAGUGUUGUCUUUCAUCUAA